AUGGUAAGACGGCAGACAGAGAAAGAGAGUCAGGAGGGAGUUCCGUGUGUGUGUCGUAUGUGCAGGGGUGGGUGGAUGUCUUUGUGUGCAAACGAAUGAGCAAGACAACUCUUCGUCCCUCACGCCCGCAGUUGGGAACAGCGAGUGGCGUGAUCACUCAAUCACUCCCUGUCUGCAUCGAGUGGAGGUAUGUCGACUGAGUGACAGUCUGAUGAGUGACGCGUUUUGUCUUGUUCGUGUUUGUGUGUUGUUCUUGUAGAGCGACAGAAGUGAAGACUUGUGUAGAUUUUUUGGUGUCUCUUUCUCUCUCUGAACGCGUCGUGGGUGCUGUCUGUGAUGACUUCCAUGAAUGA